AUGCUCUUGCCGAACACCCUGGAGGGUUGCAAUGCUCUUGCCGGACACCCCGGAGCGUUGCAAUGCUCUUGUCGAACACCCUGGAGCAUUGCAAGGCUCUUGCCAGACACCCUGGAGCGCUGCAAUGCUCUUGCCGACCACCCGAGAACGUUGCAAUGCUCUUGCCGACCACCCGAGAGCGUUGCAAUGCUCUUGCCGGACACCCUGGAGCAUUCCAUCCCCUUCUCCCAGAUUUCAUCCCCUUCUCCCAUUCCAUCCCCUUCUCCAAGAUUCCAUCCCCUUCUCCCUCGUUCCAUCCCCUUCUCCCAGAUUCCAUCCCCUACUCCCAGAUUCCAUCCCCUUCUCCAAGAUUCCAUCCCCUUCUCCCCGAUUCCAGCCCCUUCUCCCAGAUUCCAUCCCCUUCUCCCAAAUUCCAUCCCCUUCUCCCAAAUUCCAUCCCUUUCUCCCAGAUUCCAUCCCCUUCUCCUCGAUUCCAUCCCCUUCUCCCUCGUUCCAUCCCCUUCUCCCCGAUUCCAUCCCCUUCUCCCAGAUUCCAUCCCCUUCUCCCCGAUUCCACCCCCUUUUCCGAGAUUCCAUCCCCUUCUCCUAGAUUCUAUCACCUUCUCCCAGAUUCCAUCCCCUUCUCCCAGAUUCCAUCCCCUUCUCCCCGAUUCCAUCCCCUUCUCCCAAAUUCCAUCCCCUUCUCCCAGAUUCCAUCCCCUUCUCCCAGAUUUCAUCCCCUUCUCCCAGAUUCCAUCCCCUUCUCCCAGAUUCCAUCCCCUUCUCCCUCGUUCCAUCCCCUUCUCUCAGAUUCCAUGCCCUACUCCCAGAUUCCAUCCCCUUCUCCAAGAUUCCAUCCCCUUCUCCCCGAUUCCAGCCCCUUCUCCCAGAUUCCAUCCCCUUCUCCCAAAUUCCAUCCCUUUCUCCCAGAUUCCAUCCCCUUCUCCUCGAUUCCAUCCCCUUCUCCCUCGUUCCAUCCCCUUCUCCCCGAUUCCAUCCCCUUCUCCCAGAUUCCAUCCCCUUCUCCCCGAUUCCACCCCCUUUUCCGAGAUUCCAUCCCCUUCUCCUAGAUUCUAUCACCUUCUCCCAGAUUCCAUCCCCUUCUCCCAGAUUCCAUCCCCUUCUCCCCGAUUCCAUCCCCUUCUCCCAAAUUCCAUCCCCUUCUCCCAGAUUCCAUCCCCUUCUCCCAGAUUCCAUCCCCUUCUCCCAGAUUCCAUCCCCUUCUCCCAUAUUCCAUCCCCUUCUCUCAGAUUCCAUCCCCUUCUCCCAGAUUCCAUCCCCUCCUCCCAGAUUCCAUCCCCUUCUCCCAGAUUCCAUCCCCUUCUCCCUCAUUCCAUCCCCUUCUCCCACAUUCCAUCCCCUUCUCCCAGAUUCCAUCCUUCUCCCAGAUUCCAUCCCCUUCUCCCAUAUUCUAUCCCCUUCUCCCAGAUUCAUCCCCUUCUCCAUCAUUCCAUCCCCUUCUCCCAGAUUCUGUCCCGUUCUCCCAGAUUCCAUCCCCUUCUCCCAGAUUCCAUCCCCUUCUUCCAGAUUCCAUCCUCUUCUCCCUCAUUCCAUAUCGUUCUCCCAUAUUCCAUCCCCUUCUUCCAGAUUCCAUCCCCUUCUCCCAUAUUCCAUCCCCUUCUCCCCGAUUCCAUACCCUUCUCCCAGAUUACAUUUCCUUCUCCUAGAUUCCAUCCCCUUCUCCCAGAUUCCAUCCCCUUCUCCCAUAUUCCAUCCCCUUCUCCCAGAUUCCAUCCCCUUCUGCCAGAUUCCAUCCCCUUCUCCCAGAUUCCAUCCCCUUCUCCCAGAUUCCAUCCCCUUCUCCCAGAUUCCAUCCCCUUCUCCCAGAUUCCAUUCCCUCUACCCAGAUUCCAUCCCCUUCUCCCAGAUUCCAUCCCCUUCUCCCUCAUUCUAUCCCCUUCUCCCAGAUUCCAUCCCCUUCUCCCAGAUUCCAUCCCCUUCUCCCAGAUUCCAUCCCCUUCUUCUAGAUGCCAUCCCCUUCUCCCAGAUUCCAUCCCCUUCUCCCAGAUUCCAUCCCCUUCUCCCAGAUUCCAUCCCCUUCUCCCAUAUUCCAUCCCUUUCUCCCAGAUUCCAUCCCCUUCUCCCAGAUUCCAUCCCCUUCUCCCAGAUUCCAUCCCCUUCUCCCAGAUUCCAUCUCCUUCUCCCAGAUUCCACCCCCUUCUCCCAGAUUCCAUCCCUCUCUCCCAAAUUCCACCCCCUUCUCCCAGAUUCCAUCCCCUUCUCCCAGAUUCCAUCCCCUUCUCCCUGAUUCCAUCCCCUUCUCCUAGAUUCGAUCCCCUUCUCCCAGAUUCCAUCCCCUUCUCCCAGAAUUCCAUCCCCUUCUCUCAGAUUCCAUCCCCUUCUCCCAUAUUCCAUCCCCUUCUCCCAGAUUCCAUCCCCUUCUGCCAGAUUCCAUCCCCUUCUCCCAGAUUCCAUCCCCUUCUCCCAGAUUCCAUCCCCUUCUCCCAGAUUCCAUCCCCUUCUCCCAAAUUCCAUCCCCUCCUCCCAGAUUCCAUCCCCUUCUCCCAGAUUCCAUCCCCUUCUCCCUCAUUCUAUCCCCUUCUCCCAGAUUCCAUCCCCUUCUCCCAGAUUCCAUCCCCUUCUCCCAGAUUCCAUCCCCUUCUCCCAGAUUCCAUCCCCUUCUCCCAGAUUCCAUCCCCUUCUCCCAGAUUCCAUCCCCUUCUCCCUGAUUCCAUCCCCUUCUCCCAGAUUCCAUCCCUUCUCCCAGAUUCCAUCCCCUUCUCCCAGAUUCCAUCCCCUUCUCCCAGAUUCCAUCCCCUUCUCCUAGAUUUGCAUCCCCUUCUCCCAGAUUUCAUCUCCUUCUCCCAGAUUCCACCCCCUUCUCCCACAUUCCAUCCCCUUCUCCCAGAUUCCAUCCCUUCUCCCAGAUUCCAUCCCCUUCUCCCAGAUUCCAUCCCCUUCUCCCAGAUUCCAUCCCCUUCUCCUAGAUUCCAUCCCCUUCUCCUAGAUUCCAUCCCCUUCUCCCAGAUCCCAUCCCCUUCUCCUAGAUUCCAUCCCCUUCUCCCUGAUUCCAUCCCCUUCUCCCAUAUUCCAUCCCCUUCUCCCAUAUUCCAUCCCCUUCUCCGAGAUUCCAUCCCCUUGUCCUCGAUUCCAUCCCCUUCUCCCUCGUUCCAUUCCAUCCCCUUCUCCCAGAUUCCAUCCCCUUCUCCCAGAUUCCAUCCCCUUCUCCCUGAUUCCAUCCCCUUCUCCCAGAUUCCAUCCCUUCUCCCAGAUUCCAUCCCCUUCUCCCAGAUUCCAUCCCCUUCUCCCAGAUUCCAUCCCCUUCUCCUAGAUUCCAUCCCCUUCUCCCAGAUUUCAUCCCCUUCUCCCAGAUUCCACCCCCUUCUCCCACAUUCCAUCCCCUUCUCCCAGAUCCCAUCCCCUUCUCCUAGAUUCCAUCCCCUUCUCCCAGAUUCCAUCCCCUUCUCCCACAUUCCAUCCCCUUCUCCUAGAUUCCAUCCCCUUCUCCCAAAUUCCAUCCCCUUCUCCCAGAUUCCAUCCCCUUCUCCCAUAUUCCAUCCCCUUCUCCCAGAUUCCAUCCCCUUCUCCUCGAUUCCAUCCCCUUCUCCCUCAUUCCAUCCCCUUCUCCCAGAUUCCAUCCCCUCCUCCCAGAUUCCAUCCCCUUCUCCCAGAUUCCAUCCCCUUCUCCCUCAUUCUAUCCCCUUCUCCCAGAUUCCAUCCCCUUCUCCCAGAUUCCAUCCCCUUCUCCCAGAUUCCAUCCCCUUCUCCCAGAUUCCAUCCCCUUCUCCCAGAUUCCAUCCCCUUCUCCCAGAUUCCAUCCCCUUCUCCCAGAUUCCAUCCCCUUCUCCCAUAUUCCAUCCCCUUCUCCCAGAUUCCAUCCCCUUCUGCCAGAUUCCAUCCCCUUCUCCCAGAUUCCAUCCCCUUCUCCCAGAUUCCAUCCCCUUCUCCCAGAUUCCAUCCCCUUCUCCCAGAUUCCAUCCCCUCCUCCCAGAUUCCAUCCCCUUCUCCCAGAUUCCAUCCCCUUCUCCCUCAUUCUAUCCCCUUCUCCCAGAUUCCAUCCCCUUCUCCCAGAUUCCAUCCCCUUCUCCCAGAUUCCAUCCCCUUCUCCCAGAUUCCAUCCCCUUCUCCCAGAUUCCAUCCCCUUCUCCCAGAUUCCAUCCCCUUCUCCCUGAUUCCAUCCCCUUCUCCCAGAUUCCAUCCCUUCUCCCAGAUUCCAUCCCCUUCUCCCAGAUUCCAUCCCCUUCUCCCAGAUUCCAUCCCCUUCUCCUAGAUUCCAUCCCCUUCUCCCAGAUUUCAUCCCCUUCUCCCAGAUUCCACCCCCUUCUCCCACAUUCCAUCCCCUUCUCCCAGAUCCCAUCCCCUUCUCCUAGAUUCCAUCCCCUUCUCCCAUAUUCCAUCCCCUUCUCCUAUAUUCCAUCCCCUUCUCCCAUAUUCCAUCCCCUUCUCCGAGAUUCCAUCCCCUUGUCCUCGAUUCCAUCCCCUUCUCCCUCGUUCCAUUCCAUCCCCUUCUCCCAGAUUUCAUCCCCUUCUCCCAGAUUCCACCCCCUUCUCCCACAUUCCAUCCCCUUCUCCCAGAUCCCAUCCCCUUCUCCUAGAUUCCAUCCCCUUCUCCCAGAUUCCAUCCCCUUCUCCCACAUUCCAUCCCCUUCUCCUAGAUUCCAUCCCCUUCUCCCAAAUUCCAUCCCCUUCUCCCAGAUUCCAUCCCCUUCUCCCAUAUUCCAUCCCCUUCUCCCAGAUUCCAUCCCCUUCUCCUCGAUUCCAUCCCCUUCUCCCUCAUUCCAUCCCCUUCUCCCAAAUUCCAUCCCCUUCUCCCAGAUUCCAUCCCCUUCUCUCAGAAUCCAUCCCCUUCUCCCAAAUUCCAUCCCCUUCUCCUCGAUUCCAUCCCCUUCUCCCAAAUUCCAUCCCCUUCUCCCAGAUUCCAUCCCCUUCUCCCAGAUUCCAUCCCCUUCUCCCAGAUUCCAUCCCCUUCUCCCAGAUUCCAUCCCCUUCUCCCUCAUUCCAUCCCCUUCUCCCAGAUUCCAUCCCCUUCUCCCUGAUUCCAUCCUUCUCCUAGAUUCCAUCCCCUUCUCCCAGAUUCUAUCCCCUUCUCCUAGAUUCUAUCCCCUUCUCCAAGAUUCCAUCCCCUUCUCCCAGAUUCCAUCCCCUUCUCCCAGAUUCCAUCCCCUUCUCUCAGAAUCCAUCCCCUUCUCCCAAAUUCCAUCCCCUUCUCCUCGAUUCCAUCCCCUUCUCCCAAAUUCCAUCCCCUUCUCCCAGAUUCCAUCCCCUUCUCCCAGAUUCCAUCCCCUUCUCCCAGAUUCCAUCCCCUUCUCCCUGAUUCCACCCCCUUCUCCCAGAUUCCAUCCCCUUCUCCCAGAUUCCAUCCCCUUCUCCCAGAUUCCAUCCCCUUCUCCCAUAUUCCAUCCCCUUCUCCCAGAUUCCAUCCCCUUCUGCCUGAUUCCAUCCCCUUCUCCCAGAUUCCAUCCCCUUCUCCCAGAUUCAAUCCCCUUCUCCCAGAUUCCAUCCCCUUCUCCCAGAUUCCAUCCCCUCCUCCCAGAUUCCAUCCCCUUCUCCCAGAUUCCAUCCCCUUCUCCCUCAUUCUAUCCCCUUCUCCCAGAUUCCAUCCCCUUCUCCCAGAUUCCAUCCCCUUCUCCCAGAUUCCAUCCCCUUCUCCCAGAUUCCAUCCCCUUCUCCCAGAUUCCAUCCCCUUCUCCCAGAUUCCAUCCCCUUCUCCCUGAUUCCAUCCCCUUCUCCCAGAUUCCAUCCCUUCUCCCAGAUUCUAUCCCCUUCUCCCAGAUUACAUCCCCUUCUCCCAGAUUCCAUCCCGUUCUCCCAGAUUCCAUCCCCUUCUCCCUCGUUCCAUCCCCUUCUCCCAGAUUCCAUCCCCUACUCCCAGAUUCCAUCCCCUUCUCCCAGAUUCCAUCCCCUUCUCCCCGAUUCCAAUUCCAUCCCCUUCUCCCAGAUUCCAUCCCCUUCUCCCAGAUUCCAUCCCCUUCUCCCAGAUUCCAUCCCCUUCUCCCUGAUUCCAUCCCCUUCUCCCAGAUUCCAUCCCUUCUCCUAGAUUCUAUCACCUUCUCCCUGAUUCCAUCCCCUUCUCCCAGAUUCCAUCCCCUUCUCCCCGAUUCCAUCCCCUUCUCCCAAAUUCCAUCCCCUUCUCCCAUAUUCCAUCCCCUUCUCCCAGAUUCCAUCCCUUUCUCCCAGAUUCCAUCCCCUUCUCCCAUAUUCCAUCCCCUUCUCUCAGAUUCUAUCCCCUUCUCCCAUAUUCCAUCCCCUUCUCCCAGAUUCCAUCCCCUUCUCCCUCAUUCCAUCCCCUUCUCCCAGAUUCCAUCCCCUUCUCCCAGAUUCCAUCCCCUUCUCCCAGAUUCCAUCCCCUCCUCCCAGAUUCCAUCCCCUUCUCCCAGAUUCCAUCCCCUUCUCCCUCAUUCUAUCCCCUUCUCCCAGAUUCCAUCCCCUUCUCCCAGAUUCCAUCCCCUUCUCCCAGAUUCCAUCCCCUUCUCCCAGAUUCCAUCCCCUUCUCCUCGAUUCCAUCCCCUUCUCCCAGAUUCCAUCCCCUUUUCCCAGAUUCCAUCCCCUUCUCCCAGAUUCCAUCCCCUUCUCCCAAAUUCCAUCCCCUUCUCCCAGAUUCCAUCCCCUUCUCCCAGAUUCCAUCCCUUUCUCCCAGAUUCCAUCCCCUUCUCCCAUAUUCCAUCCCCUUCUCUCAGAUUCUAUCCCCUUCUCCCAGAUUCCAUCCCCUUCUCCCUGAUUCCAUCGCCUUCUCCCAGAUUCCAUCCCCUUCUCCCUCAUUCUAUCCCCUUCUCCCAGAUUCCAUCCCCUUCUCCCAGAUUCCAUCCCCUUCUCCCAGAUUCCAUCCCCUUCUCCCAGAUUCCAUCCCCUUCUCCCAGAUUCCAUCCCCUUCUCCCAGAUUACAUCCCCUUCUCCCAGAUUCCAUCCCGUUCUCCCAGAUUCCAUCCCCUUCUCCCUCGUUCCAUCCCCUUCUCCCAGAUUCCAUCCCCUACUCCCAGAUUCCAUCCCCUUCUCCCCGAUUCCAAUUCCAUCCCCUUCUCCCAGAUUCCAUCCCUUUCUCCCAGAUUCCAUCCCCUCCUCCCAGAUUCCAUCCCCUUCUCCCAGAUUCCAUCCCCUUCUCCCUCAUUCUAUCCCCUUCUCCCAGAUUCCAUCCCCUUCUCCCAGAUUCCAUCCCCUUCUCCCAGAUUCCAUCCCCUUCUCCCAGAUUCCAUCCCCUUCUCCCAGAUUCCAUUCCCUUCUCCCAGAUUCCAUCCCCUUCUCCCAGAUUCCAUCCCCUUCUCCCAGAUUCCAUCCCCUUCUCCCAGAUUCCAUCCCCUUCUCCCAGAUUCCAUCCCCUUCUCCCUGAUUCCAUCCCCUUCUCCCAGAUUCCAUCCCUUCUCCCAGAUUCCAUCCCCUUCUCCCAGAUUACAUCCCCUUCUCCCAGAUUCCAUCCCGUUCUCCCAGAUUCCAUCCCCUUCUCCUUCGUUCCAUCCCCUUCUCCCAGAUUCCAUCCCCUACUCCCAGAUUCCAUCCCCUUCUCCCAGAUUCCAUCCCCUUCUCCCCGAUUCCAGUCCCUUCCCCCAAAUUCCAUCCCCUUCUCCCAAAUUCCAUCCCCUUCUCCCAGAUUCCAUCCCCUUCUCCCAGAUUCCAUCCCCUUCUCCCAGAUUCCAUCCCCUUCUCCCAGAUUCCAUCCCCUUCUCCCAGAUUCCAUCCCCUUCUCCCAGAUUCCAUCCCCUUCUCCCAGAUUCCCUCCCCUUCUCCCAGAUUCCAUCCCCUUCUCCCAAAUUCCAUCCCCUUCUCCCAGAUUCCAUCCCCUUCUCCCAGAUUCCAUCCCUUUCUCCCAGAUUCCAUCCCCUUCUCCCAUAUUCCAUCCCCUUCUCUCAGAUUCUAUCCCCUUCUCCCAGAUUCCAUCCCCUUCUCCCAGAUUCCAUCCCCUUCUCCCAGAUCCAUCCCCUUCUCCCAGAUUCCAUCCCCUUCUCCCAGAUUCCAUCCCCUUCUCCCAGAUUCCAUCCCCUUCUCCCAGAUUCCAUCCCCUCCUCCCAGAUUCCAUCCCCUUCUCCCAGAUUCCAUCCCCUUCUCCCUCAUUCUAUCCCCUUCUCCCACAUUCCAUCCCCUUCUCCCAGAUUCCAUCCCCUUCUCCCAGAUUCCAUCCCCUUCUCCCAGAUUCCAUCCCCUUCUCCCAGAUUCCAUCCCCUUCUCCCAGAUUCCAUCCCUUCUCCUGAUUCCAUCCCCUUCUCCCAGAUUCCAUCCCUUCUCCCGGAUUCCAUCCCCUUCUCCCAUAUUACAUCCCCUUCUUCCAGAUUCCAUCCCCUUCUCCCAGAUUCCAUCCCCUUCUCCCUCGUUCCAUCCCCUUCUCCCAGAUUCCAUCCCCUACUCCCAGAUUCCAUCCCCUUCUCCCAGAUUCCAUCCCCUUCUCCCCGAUUCCAAUUCCAUCCCCUUCUCCCCGAUUCCACCCCCUUUUCCGAGAUUUCAUCCCCUUCUCCUAGAUUCUAUCACCUUCUCCCAGAUUCCAUCCCCUUCUCCCAGAUUCCAUCCCCUUCUCCCACAUUCCAUCCCCUUCUCCCAGAUUCCAUCCCCUCCUCCCAGAUUCCAUCCCCUUCUCCCAGAUUCCAUCCCCUUCUCCCUCAUUCUAUCCCCUUCUCCCAGAUUCCAUCCCCUUCUCCCAGAUUCCAUCCCCUUCUCCCAGAUUCCAUCCCCUUCUCCCAGAUUCCAUCCCCUUCUCCCAGAUUCCAUCCCCUUCUCCCAGAUUCCAUCCCCUUCUCCCUGAUUCCAUCCCCUUCUCCCAGAUUCCAUCCCUUCUCCCAGAUUCCAUCCCCUUCUCCCAGAUUACAUCCCCUUCUCCCAGAUUCCAUCUCGUUCUCCCAGAUUCCAUCCCGUUCUCCCUCGUUCCAUCCCCUUCUCCCAGAUUCCAUCCCCUUCUCCCAGAUUCCAUCCCCUUCUCCCAGAUUCCAUCCCCUUCUCCCCGAUUCCAAUUCCAUCCCCUUCUCCCUGAUUCCAUCCCCUUCUCCCAGAUUCCAUCCCCUUCUCCCAGAUUCCAUCCCUUUCUCCCAGAUUCCAUCCCCUCCUCCCAGAUUCCAUCCCCUUCUCCCAGAUUCCAUCCCCUUCUCCCUCAUUCUAUCCCCUUCUCCCAGAUUCCAUCCCCUUCUCCCAGAUUCCAUCCCCUUCUCCCAGAUUCCAUCCCCUUCUCCCAGAUUCCAUCCCCUUCUCCCAGAUUCCAUUCCCUUCUCCCAGAUUCCAUCCCCUUCUCCCAGAUUCCAUCCCCUUCUCCCAGAUUCCAUCCCCUUCUCCCAGAUUCCAUCCCCUUCUCCCAGAUUCCAUCCCCUUCUCCCUGAUUCCAUCCCCUUCUCCCAGAUUCCAUCCCUUCUCCCAGAUUCCAUCCCCUUCUCCCAGAUUACAUCCCCUUCUCCCAGAUUCCAUCCCGUUCUCCCAGAUUCCAUCCCCUUCUCCUUCGUUCCAUCCCCUUCUCCCAGAUUCCAUCCCCUACUCCCAGAUUCCAUCCCCUUCUCCCAGAUUCCAUCCCCUUCUCCCCGAUUCCAGUCCCUUCCCCCAAAUUCCAUCCCCUUCUCCCAAAUUCCAUCCCCUUCUCCCAGAUUCCAUCCCCUUCUCCCAGAUUCCAUCCCCUUCUCCCAGAUUCCAUCCCCUUCUCCCAGAUUCCAUCCCCUUCUCCCAGAUUCCAUCCCCUUCUCCCAGAUUCCAUCCCCUUCUCCCAGAUUCCCUCCCCUUCUCCCAGAUUCCAUCCCCUUCUCCCAAAUUCCAUCCCCUUCUCCCAGAUUCCAUCCCCUUCUCCCAGAUUCCAUCCCUUUCUCCCAGAUUCCAUCCCCUUCUCCCAUAUUCCAUCCCCUUCUCUCAGAUUCUAUCCCCUUCUCCCAGAUUCCAUCCCCUUCUCCCAGAUUCCAUCCCCUUCUCCCAGAUCCAUCCCCUUCUCCCAGAUUCCAUCCCCUUCUCCCAGAUUCCAUCCCCUUCUCCCAGAUUCCAUCCCCUUCUCCCAGAUUCCAUCCCCUCCUCCCAGAUUCCAUCCCCUUCUCCCAGAUUCCAUCCCCUUCUCCCUCAUUCUAUCCCCUUCUCCCACAUUCCAUCCCCUUCUCCCAGAUUCCAUCCCCUUCUCCCAGAUUCCAUCCCCUUCUCCCAGAUUCCAUCCCCUUCUCCCAGAUUCCAUCCCCUUCUCCCAGAUUCCAUCCCCUUCUCCCUGAUUCCAUCCCCUUCUCCCAGAUUCCAUCCCUUCUCCCGGAUUCCAUCCCCUUCUCCCAUAUUACAUCCCCUUCUUCCAGAUUCCAUCCCCUUCUCCCAGAUUCCAUCCCCUUCUCCCUCGUUCCAUCCCCUUCUCCCAGAUUCCAUCCCCUACUCCCAGAUUCCAUCCCCUUCUCCCAGAUUCCAUCCCCUUCUCCCCGAUUCCAAUUCCAUCCCCUCCUCCCAGAUUCCAUCCCCUUCUCCCAGAUUCCAUCCCCUUCUCCCUCAUUCUAUCCCCUUCUCCCAGAUUCCAUCCCCUUCUCCCAGAUUCCAUCCCCUUCUCCCAGAUUCCAUCCCCUUCUCCCAGAUUCCAUCCCCUUCUCCCAGAUUCCAUCCCCUUCUCCCAGAUUCCAUCCCCUUCUCCCUGAUUCCAUCCCCUUCUCCCAGAUUCCAUCCCUUCUCCCAGAUUCCAUCCCCUUCUCCCAGAUUACAUCCCCUUCUCCCAGAUUCCAUCUCGUUCUCCCAGAUUCCAUCCCGUUCUCCCUCGUUCCAUCCCCUUCUCCCAGAUUCCAUCCCCUUCUCCCAGAUUCCAUCCCCUUCUCCCAGAUUCCAUCCCCUUCUCCCCGAUUCCAGUCCCUUCCCCCAAAUUCCAUCCCUUUCUCCCAAAUUCCAUCCCCUUCUCCCAGAUUCCAUCCCCUUCUCCCAGAUUCCAUCCCCUUCUCCCAGAUUCCAUCCCCUUCUCCCAGAUUCCAUCCCCUUCUCCCAGAUUCCAUCCCCUUCUCCCAGAUUCCAUCCCCUUCUCCCAGAUUCCAUCCCCUUCUCCCAGAUUCCAUCCCCUUCUCCCAAAUUCCAUCCCCUUCUCCCAGAUUCCAUCCCCUUCUCCUAGAUUCCAUCCCUUUCUCCCAGAUUCCAUCCCCUUCUCCCAUAUUCCAUCCCCUUCUCUCAGAUUCUAUCCCCUUCUCCCAGAUUCCAUCCCCUUCUCCCAGAUUCCAUCCCCUUCUCCCAGAUCCAUCCCUUUCUCCCAGAUUCCAUCCCCUUCUCCGAGAUUCCAUCCCCUUCUCCCAGAUUCCAUCCCCUUCUCCCAGAUUCCAUCCCCUCCUCCCAGAUUCCAUCCCCUUCCCCCUGAUUCCAUCCCCUUCUCCCAGAUUCCAUCCCUUCUCCCAGAUUCCAUCCCCUUCUCCAAGAUUACAUCCCCUUCUCCCAGAUUCCAUCCCCUUCUCCCAGAUUCCAUCCCCUUCUCCCUCGUUCCAUCCCCUUCUCCCAGAUUCCAUCCCCUACUCCCAGAUUCCAUCCCCUUCUCCCCGAUUCCAUCCCCUUCUCCCAGAUUCCAUCCCCUUCUCCCAGAUUCCAUCCCCUUCUCCCAGAUUCCAUCCCCUUCUCCCAGAUUCCAUCCCCUUCUCCCAGAUUCCAUCCCCUUCUCCCAGAUUCCAUCCCCUUCUCCCUGAUUCCAUCCCCUUUUCCAGAUUCCAUCCCUUCUCCCAGAUUCCAUCCCCUUCUCCCAGAUUACAUCCCCUUCUCCCAGAUUCCAUCUCGUUCUCCCAGAUUCCAUCCCGUUCUCCCUCGUUCCAUCCCCUUCUCCCAGAUUCCAUCCCCUUCUCCCAGAUUCCAUCCCCUUCUCCCAGAUUCCAUCCCCUUCUCCCCGAUUCCAAUUCCAUCCCCUUCUCCCAGAUUCCAUCCCCUUCUCCCAGAUUCCAUCCCCUUCUCCCAGAUUCCAUCCCCUUCUCCCAGAUUCCAUCCCCUUCUCCCAGAUUCCAUCCCCUUCUCCCAAAUUCCAUCCCCUUCUCCCAGAUUCCAUCCCCUUCUCCUAGAUUCCAUCCCUUUCUCCCAGAUUCCAUCCCCUUCUCCCAUAUUCCAUCCCCUUCUCUCAGAUUCUAUCCCCUUCUCCCAGAUUCCAUCCCCUUCUCCCAGAUUCCAUCCCCUUCUCCCAGAUCCAUCCCUUUCUCCCAGAUUCCAUCCCCUUCUCCGAGAUUCCAUCCCCUUCUCCCAGAUUCCAUCCCCUUCUCCCAGAUUCCAUCCCCUCCUCCCAGAUUCCAUCCCCUUCCCCCUGAUUCCAUCCCCUUCUCCCAGAUUCCAUCCCUUCUCCCAGAUUCCAUCCCCUUCUCCAAGAUUACAUCCCCUUCUCCCAGAUUCCAUCCCCUUCUCCCAGAUUCCAUCCCCUUCUCCCUC